AUGUGUCCCCCGAAUUUGUCAACAGUUCGUUUUGUAUACCCGGGGGAAGAUACGACUUCUUUGAUUCACGGUACUAUGGUACAACACUUGGAUGCCGAGUUCCUUGUGAGUGGGGUGCUGACUGAAAAAUCUGACGUCUAUUCUUUUGGUGUGGUACUUCUGCAACUACUCUGUUGCAGAAAAGCAUCCUAUGUGGUUGAUUGGGCCAGAAAGCGCAUACAAGAAGGAAACAUUAAUGAGAUGAUUGAUCUGUAUCUGAUAGGGAAGAUAGCUCCAGAGUGUUUGAAGAUAUACUUGGACAUUGCCACUUCUUGUAUUUGA